AUGGAAAGCACCUCGUCAGGAGUUUGUGUUCUUGCGUUAAAUGACGAAUGCGAUAAAAUACCGGAGAUUCUGGCUCGGUCAUGGGUGAACAGCUAUAGGCUGGAAGGGAUAUUCGGUCGUGAAACAGUGAAGCAUAAGAUCAAAGGGCGUGUUACGUUAAAGGCGGAUUACGAUCAGGUGACUCGGCACAGAUUAGAGAAGCUUCUUACACGUGUGCAGUCAGAAUAUCGCAAAGCUGCAUUCGUUGCAGCAGAAGUAGACAUUCAGAGCGAGGAAGCGUUCGAAUUAGCCCGUAAAGGACUACCUCGCGCAAAGCUUCCCGGAGCUCAAAUUAUCUACAAAUGCGAACUUAAGCAUUUUAGCCUCCCAUAUUUCGCCUUGCAAGUGCAAGCUGUAGGUGAAACCGACGUUUUCUUGAGGUGUUUUAUCCAUGAAUUGGGCGUUAGUCUUGGGUCUACAGCAAGCUGUGUUCGCUUGACUCGGCGAGCAUUUGGACCAUUUCACGCUGGUCAUGCGUUAUUAGAGAAGCAAAUAUCACUCCAAAACAUCAUUAGAAACUUGGAGCUAUGCAGGUAAGU